AUUGGUUCUGUGGUUGCUAUAAAAACUCGUAACUUGAUUAACUUCUUUAGCGACAAUAAUGAUAUGAAUUUGAAAUGGCUUCGAAUCUAUUGAAAAAAGUCGUUUCUGGAAAUUCCCAUGGUAUCCGUAAUGCGGUAGGGAUAUUUAUGAAUGCUGCAAGAAACCAUUGGAAUUAUCAAUAUAAACCGGGUCCUUACCCUAAAACACCUGAGGAACGUGCUAGGGCAGCACAAAAAUAUGGAUUAACGGUUGAAGAGUAUCAACCUUACCCAGAAGAUAUGGGAUAUGGUGAUUAUCCUAAACUGCCCGAUAUCGGUGCAGACUCAAAAGAUCCCCAUUAUCCAUACGACUGUCCUGAAUUGAAAAGAAACUUCAAUGAGCCUGUUCAUGCAAGAGCUGAAAUCUUUGGUGAAGAUCGUUAUGACCCUAGUAUGAGGCCUAGAAUUCCAUUGGCACAGCAAUGGACUUGGUUUCUAGGAGUUGUUGGUGGAUCAUUAGCGCUCUAUUUCUACCUAGAAGAUUAUAAAUUUGGUAGACCAGUAACUUGCAAACAAUAUCCUGGAAAUGGAACUCAUUAUUUAUUUACACCUAAAUAACUUAAUACACCAUGUAUAAAAAUUUAAAAAUUAAAGUUGAAUAGUUUCUUUC